CGUUAAUAUCUGUGCUGGAUAUGUGCUGGAUGUGUGCUGGAUUUGCCAUUCCAUCAGAGUAUGUACCUCUACUGCUCCAUUGUCUUGCUUUUCAGGUAGAAAUGAAAAUUAAAAACCCAUCGCCUAAUACACGGGAAUCAACAGGAAAAUGUCUGGAUUUCAUCGUGGACCACAGAAGCAUAGUCUGUGGUGACCUGGAUUAGGCUGGGGAACCUGCAUUCCCAGCUGCUGUGUUGCCCCAGACUUCAGUGAGAAGUGGCUGCCCUCCCACACAAGAAAUGGGAGAUCAUCAUCAAGUCAAGACUUCCUUCCUCUUCAUCCAAUUGCAGUCACCCUCCAGGGCCACUCAGCACCAGCCUCUGACAUCAGCCUCUCUUUGCACUGUUACGGAGGAAGGAUCCUGUACCCCACACCCUCCACCCAGUCCAGGGAGCCUUUACAAGGAAGCAGUCAGGGAGAGAGAAGUAAAGAAGGAUUCCACUGCUGCUCAAGGAGACUUUACAGAAGAAAACUCUUCAUCAGAUGUGCCGAGGAUAGAUAUCAGGACAGCUAACAAAGAGGGCAUUAUAGAAGGUACUACUACAACAUUAUGCUCUCACUCUCCAACAGGAAAUGUGUCUGUAGCUGCAACAGAUAACCAUUCUCAGGAGUGUUUGGUCCCAGACCACAAUAAAACAGAGCCUGAGACAGACAACUCUGGUGAGGAAUCGCAGCCCUCCAUUUGGAUAUUGCGUCAGGACGCUGCUAAAAUCAUGAAUGCUGCAGUUCCAUCACCUUCAGGGGAGAGCUCGUCCACAUCGAUCCACCCCGAACCUUCACUUCCCAGAAUGAGCUGCCUUUACCCAGCAUCAGGAUCUGCUUCUGACAACAGAACUCCAGUGGAGAAGCCUAAACUGAGCCCAAAGCCCAGUGAAGUUCCUGCAGCCUCAGAACCACCACCACUAUCCACUGCACAACGGACGUAG